GUACAUGACGACUGCUCAAAUGGAUUUCCAUAGUUCUCAGCAUACACAGAUGGUAGUCCAGAUAUUCACAUUUGCAAACUGACUCCCCAUUCGAGUGAUUGCUUAUGUAAAACGUUGGAGAAAGUGCGAGUGCGUGUUUAUUCUUUUCAAACCAACAACCAGCUUUAGUUCCCUCCCGCCUCCCCUUGUUUUGGCACGCAACCUAAAAGGCCUUCUAGGCUAAUUGAACACAACGGCCGAUCACUUUACACGCACGGUCGUGAAGAUUGUUCAUUUGAAUGUCGCAGGGUCAGUUUCUGCCCCGCCACGGCCACGUGUCAAUUGCGAUUGCAUCUCCUGUUUCGCCUGCGCAUACUAUCCUUACUCCUCCCAAAUCCGCAAAUGUUUUGUCCUCUUUGUGGUACCUAGUCAGCCUUUAUGUAACACAUAAGGUCAGCAUCUAAAUUUGAACAGUGUGAAGUCUUAAGCGGUGACACGUAAACGCCUCCUUUGACAAGAGAACAAAAGUGUGUCGGGUGUUUGAUUCACUUGCACGCUGUCGACUUAUCAAAUUCCCUCUUAAGUAUUAAUAAGGGCUUACAGCUCCAGAGGAGGCCGCAAGACGCAAGCGUACGCCAUGAAUGUUGCAGGAAUGCGAGUACCCAAUAUCCUUUUAAGUUGUUAGGGACAUAAAUCAGUUCACACAUGUACAAUGUUAUCUCAGUGCAGUGUAAUGUUCCCCAAGGUGUGUGCGAGUAAGCUCAUUUUCUCAUGUAAUGAUCAUGAGGGAAGGAAGAUGAGCGUAAAAGCUGCGCUAACCAAUCACCGUCUUAUGUAAGUGACAUUAUAAGGAAGCAGCGGCGGAACCAACGCAGGUGUUUGAAACUCUUCGAAAGUUUGGACGCAUGGCGGAAAACCCGCAAAGACAAUAGAGUCCUUGCAGUGCAAGCAUGGCUGCGUGCAUGGAGGUCAUCGUCUCCUUGGUACACAUUUGAACUGACACUGGGGGGAAUCGGCCACAUGGACCACAGGGCACAUCCUGCGCCCCCGUUGGAGGUUGAUGUGGAUCUGGGCUUUGCUCUCUUCUUCCUCUUCCUUCUGUGUUUCUUCCUGCUGGUGACGGUGGUGCGCUGUGCCCAGACGGUGGUCGACCCUUACGGUUCCAUCUCCACCUCCACCUAUCAGGAGGAGCAGAUUACAUGAAGACCCUGAAUAGUUGCGACGGACUAGAAACUAAAUCUACUACAACAACAACAACAAAAUCUUAAAUACACUCUUGUAAAUGUGAUCUAUUUGAGUGUUUGACUUACUGUAAACGUACGGUGCUUAAUAGAUUCCUUAGACCACCAUCCAAUUUAAGGUUUAUAACACAGCUAACCAUAAUUAACAGCAUUGCUAUUUUUAAUGUUUUCUUUAAUAGUUAAUACACCACCAGUAGUAGUAGAAACUCUUCAACUGCAAUGAUAUUGUUAAUGCUAAAAUGUCUCUAAUAAUGUACUCCAGUUCUACACCACUACAAACUCCAAGCACAACAAUAAACAUAUUGUUAAAUGAAUACCUCUCUGACAGUGUCUAUUAAAACAUGAUCACAUUUGUAAAGACAGACUAUUUCAUACAGCUCUCAUAUUGGACAACAUUGUACAGUGCA